UUAAAGCUUAGACGUUUAAAAGUCUAGAACUGAAAUAUCCUGAUACAUUGUAAACACAAUGGACGUCGAGGCAAAGAGAAUCAUGGCUCUUUCUAUUAGUAAACUGUAUUCAUUGAGAACCCAGCGCGGGGGAUUGAGACUUCACCGGAGUCUCCUGCUCUCCAUGACCAUGAGAGCCGCACGGGACAUCUACCACACCGCGCAGCAGCUCAGAGACGCGGAGGAGGAGCAGGUCGUUCCGUGCGCCCCGGAGGAGCCCAUGGAGAUUACUAAAGACUCUCCUCAGACUCCUAAUGAGGUCGCAAUGAAGCCUCAGGAACCUAAAGACACUCUAGUAGUCGAGGACAAAGAGAACCUGUGCGCUUCUGAACGGCACUCCAGGAAGCGCCGCGGUAAGACGGCGCUCGAGCCCGACUUUCUACCUCCGAAGAAGGCCAGAAUGGACACGGAUGAGGAGAAGCAACAUCUCCAAAGCGAGGUUUUGAGGACUAAUAAUGGAAACAGCUGUCGCCAGGCUGAAACCCUGACAGCGUUCACAACAAAUCGAGCCAUCGGGGCGUGUUGAGCAAGACGCACUUUGGAUCAUUCCGAGAAUCGAUCUCCCUUGAUGGGAAUUUCCUGGACAAACUGGUUCAGAACGGACUGGUUAUGCAGCCUGACCCCUGUGCGGUCGGCUUAGCUCGCCAUAAGAGCUCCGAGAGAGGCCAGGAUCAGGAGGAAUGCAGGACAGGUGGUGGAUACUAUGAUCCCAAUCGCAUUGGAAUCACCCGAGCUGCUUCAUUGUUCAGUGAGAGGAGUCAGAUGACUCUGUUGAAUCACGUAUGAACUGGGCUCUGAUGUCUUCUAUCCAGCCUAUGAACUUUACAACCUCAAAUAAGAAGAACUCUGACGGUGUAUGACACGCAUAACAUAUAAUGUUUAUCCGAGUUUGAUACUUGAAACUGUCUCGAAAAUGCCAAAACGUGUUAAAUGUCACUGUUGCACUGAUCAAUUGCACAUAAUAUGUAUUGAUAAUACUAAUAUAAGAAGGGCAUGAUGGACUGAUAUCAUAUGAUGUUGAUUUCAGUGUUUACGGUUUGCAAUAAACAUGCAAAUAUUUAAAAAUCA